GGAACUCACACCGCCAGUUUGCUUUUAGUCAGGAACACAUCUGACGUGGACUAACUGAACACAGGAUGUCUGGUGCAGCAGUGCUCGCGUUCCUCCAGGGGCUGACCCGGCGCAAGCCCCUGGAUCCGGAAGGGGAGGUGUCCACAUUUCGCCGUUGCCUGAACACCCUGGACCUGGUUGCCCUCGGGGUGGGCUCCACCUUGGGGGCAGGGGUGUACGUGCUGUCCGGCGAGGUCGCCCGCGGGAUAUCCGGCCCCAGCAUCAUCGUCUCCUUCUUCAUCGCCGCCCUGGCAUCCAUUUUUGCCGGGCUGUGCUACUCCGAGUUUGGCUCCAGGGUCCCCAAAACAGGCUCCGCCUACCUCUACAGCUACGUAACCGUGGGAGAGAUCUGGGCCUUCAUUACAGGCUGGAACUUACUGCUCUCUUACAUUAUUGGUACUUCGAGCGUGGCCUUGGCAUGGAGUGGUACCUUCGAUGAUCUCCUGGGAAACGUCAUCUCGGACUACUUCAGCAAACACGCAGCGAUGGCCUUACCUGGCCUGGCCCCCUACCCAAACAUCUUUGCGGCAGGACUGAUCAUGCUCUUAGCCGGUCUCUUGGCCUUCGGGGUGAAAGAGUCUACCACAGUCAAUAAGAUAUUCACCACCAUCAACAUCCUGGUGCUGCUGUUUGUCGUCAUAUCUGGAUGCAUCAAAGGAAACCUGGACAACUGGCACAUCAGCAGAGAAACCCUCCUGAAUGCCACUGCAGUUGCUGAAAACCUCUCCUCCAUCGUGAAUGUGACGAGCGAAUUUGGUGUGGGAGGUUUCUUCCCCUAUGGUGCGGAGGGAGCUCUGGCUGGAGCUGCCACUUGUUUCUAUGCCUUCGUUGGGUUUGACUGCAUUGCCACUACAGGAGAGGAGGUGAAAAACCCUCAGAAGUCCAUCCCCAUGGGCAUUGUGGUCUCCCUCCUCAUCUGCUUCCUGGCGUAUUUUGCCGUUUCGGCAUCCCUUACCCUCAUGAUGCCGUACUACUUGCUGAACAUACACAGCCCGCUGCCUGUGGCCUUCGCUUACAUCGGCUGGGCAGCCGCCAAAUAUGUGGUCGCUGUGGGCUCCCUCUGCGCCCUCUCAACCAGCCUACUGGGGUCCAUGUUCCCGAUGCCACGCGUUAUAUUCGCCAUGGCGAGGGACGGGCUCCUCUUCAGAUCCCUCAGCACGGUCAGCUCACGCCAGAGUCCAGUGAUGGCCACGCUCUCCUCCGGCCUGGUGGCAGCCAUCAUGGCCCUCCUGUUUGACCUGAAAGCUUUGGUGAACAUGAUGUCCAUUGGAACACUCUUUGCCUACACUCUGGUUGCUAUUUGUAUUCUCAUUCUCAGGUACCAGGAAGACCCUGCUGAAGACUGCAAUUCGAUCUGUAAAGCUGAAUCUAUCUCUAGUCUGAGCUUUUUAAACCCUCCGUCUCUCCCCACUGCAAGAACCUCCAAGAUUGUGACAACAUGCACUGCAAUCAUUGUUGUCCUGGUUCUGGGUCUGGCUGUGAUCCUGACAGUGGCUCUGCGGUCACUGGCCCGGAGGAGUCUGUGGAGCCUGUUGUGUCUGAGUGUCCUCCUAGUCGCCAUCAUCCUCGGGACCCUCCUCAUCUGGAGGCAACCCAAAAACCCCACCAGGGCAGCCUUCAUGGUCCCCUUCAUCCCAGUGCUCCCCAUCGUCAGCGUCUUCAUCAACGUUUACCUGAUAGUCCAGCUGGGUCCGGAUACCUGGAUACGCUAUGCUGUCUGGAUGGCAGUGGGAUUCCUCAUCUACUUCAGCUACGGGGUCCGUCACAGCGUACAGAAACAGCGGCUGCUCAAUGCACAGAAGACCCAGGUGAUCCAGACCAUCAAGACUCCUGCAGAGGGGGAAGGGGUCCCGUCAGAGGAGGGCAAAGCCGGUGAGGAGAAGAUGGAGCUAAAAUAGAGAUGACUCAGAAGAACUUGUAUAUCUAUAUGUUUAAUGCCUAUAUUUUAUAUUUACAAAUAUAUAUAUACACAUAUAUGAAUACAUAACACACACACACACUCACACAUAUAAUCUAUUCACAACUUUUAUGUAAAUUCCCAGCCACAAGGACUUUUUGGCAAGUUUUUCCACUGGAAAAUUACUCAGCAGUUAUGAAGGAGUCCUAUUGUAUUGCAGUAUUAAAUUUAUUAACAAUUUUAAUGUUUUUAAAAAUAUGCUGUUUAUGAAUAUACUGAAUGUAAUGUACAGUAUAUCAUAUAAUAUUUACUGUUAUAUAGCAGGGUAAAGGAACUAUUGUUGAAAUGGUAACAUGGUAAAAUUGUUUUUCGAUUUUAAAUCUGAUUUUAUGUUAAACAAAAAGUCAUUAACUAAGAACGUAGCAUUUGUGGUAUUUGUACUAUUAUAAGGUGGAGAGUAAACUAGAGGUAGAUAUACAUGUACAGUGAAAAAACUUCAUGAAUCAAUGCAUUUCCUACUUUUAUACUGUAUGACAUUACGGGUUGUUGGGUCAUAUUUAUGGUCCUUUCAAAUGUUUUAUAAUAAACAUUGCGCAGCAUAUACUUUAUAAAUUCUCAUGACAAAAUAAAAUGACACAAAUAAACCAUUAA